CUAACCCUCAACACGGGCGCAAAGAUGCCUAUAAUAGGCUUUGGUACCUGGCUUGGCAAGAACGAUAUUUUGGCCAAGGUAGUUGAAGAGGCAAUCCGGGCUGGCUACCGCCAUAUCGAUACUGCCUGGAUGUACGACACCGAGGCAGCAGUGGGCGAAGGUAUUCGCAACAGCGGCAUAGCGCGCUCCGAGAUAUUCGUCACAACCAAGCUCUGGAACUCGUUCCACCGGCCUGAAGACGUGGCCACUGGUCUGAGCGAGUCGCUGGCGAAGCUGGGCCUGGACUACAUCGACCUGUACUUGAUGCAUGGUCCGCUAUGCGUGAGUGAGCCCGUUGCACAUACUGACGGUAUCCACGAGUCGGAUCUGCAGAUUGACGUCGUAGACACAUACAGGGCGAUGGAGAAGCUGUUGGAGACCGGCAGGGUAAAGGCAAUUGGGGUAUCUAACUUUUCUGCCGCACGACUCGAACACCUGCUUGCUAACACCACAGUUGUUCCUGCGGUGAACCAGGUUGAGCUGCAUCCAUACCUGCCGCAGCCAAAACUAGUGGAGUUCUGCCAGUCAAAGGGCAUUACAAUAACGGGCCACUCGCCGCUGGGUUCGAUUGCAAAGUUUAAUUUGCGCGAAGACCCGGUUAUCAAUGAGAUUGCCAGGGAGCGUGGUGUGUCGGCAGCGCAGGUACUGCUGGCGUGGGGAGUCAAGCGCGGGUACAGUGUUAUUCCAAAGACAAACUGCCAGGAGCGGUUGGUGGAGAACUUUGAGCGUAUUGAGAUUACAGACGAGGAUUUUUCAAGAAUCAAUGGAAUUACGUUCCGGGCGCGGUUU